GGCUGAGGCCCUGUUCUGCUGUGACCCGGUUCUGUUUAGCACAGGUUCUGCUGUGACCCGGUUGGAACCAUGAAGCUGCUGCUGCUGCUGCUGGCCUGCCUGCCCCUCUGCACGGCCCGCAGGCUGGGCCGGUGUGAGGUGGCCCGCAUCUUCAAAGGGCAGGGUCUGGACGGGUUCGAGGGCUUCGCGCUGGGCAACUACGUGUGCAUGUCAUUCUGGGAGAGUAAGUGGAAGACCCACAAGGUCCGGGAGAGCAGCAACGUGGGGAAGGACUACGGAAUCUUCCAGAUCAACAGCUUUAAGUGGUGUGACGACGGCACACCCGGCGGAAAGAACAUAUGUGACGUAAAAUGUGGGGAACUCCUGAAGGACGACCUGAAGGCAUCCAUUGAGUGUGCGAAGAUCAUCGUGAAGAGAGAGGGGCUUAAGGCAUGGGACACCUGGAAUGACUACUGUAAGGGGCGAAAUAUGAAGCGCUGGGUCAAGGGUUGUGACCUGAAGAGGCGACAUUAGAGCCAGCAGCCCUAUAUAAACACAACCGCCUGUCUCUCUCGCU